CCCUCCCGAGCGCCCAGUGACCCCCGUCCAGUGUCUCCUCUCCGCCUAGGGUUAGAACCCAGCCGCCGCCGCACCCAGACGCCUCCUCUCCCUCCGUCCGGCCUCCUCUCCCUCCUCCGGCCGAGGCUCUCUACCUCUUCCGGCCAAGCUCCUGUACCUCGUCCGGCCGAACAGCUGCAGGUUUGGCCCGCGACAGCGUCCCCUUUCCUGUCCGCACCACCAAACCUAGGUUGCAAACCCUUGUUGCUGGCCGGUAGCUCCACGCUCCCGAGUCUCUCCUGAAGGACUCUACUAUCCGGCACCGCCACCUGCCCCCCUCCCCGGCGGCUCUCCUGCGUUGCUCGCCGCGCUCAAACCAGGCCACCCAAAUCCGGUGGCCAUGGCGGAGAAGCUGGCACCCGAGAAGCGCCACGCCUUUGUCCACAACGGGCAGAAGGUUUUCGAAUGGGACCAGACUCUGGAGGAGGUCAACAUGUACAUCGAGCUCCCCAAGAACGUGCCCACCAAGCUCUUCCACUGCGUGAUCCAGGCCGGCCAUGUCGAGGUCGGCAUCCGCGGCAACCCGCCCUACCUCAACCACGACCUCAUGCUCCCCGCGAAGACCGAUUCAUCUUUCUGGACGAUAGAGGAUGGUGAAUUGCAUAUCACUCUGCAAAAAAGAGAAAAGGGGAAAACAUGGGCAUCUCCAAUAAAAGGCCAAGGUAGCUUAGAUCCAUAUGCUGCAGACCAGGAACAAAAACGGCUUAUGCUGCAAAGGUUUCAAGAAGAGAAUCCAGGGUUUGACUUCUCGCAGGCUCAGUUCAGUGGAACCUGCCCUGACCCAAGGAGCUUCAUGGGUGGAAUUCGCUCUGACUGAAGCUUCUUAAAAUGCAGACAGAUGUACCUAUUGCCUAUGUAAAUUGUGAAAAACAUCAUUGUCUUCAAAUUAUUCGAUAUAUACCCUGGAAAUAAUAGUGAUGGAAUGACUUUGACCUUCUCGUUGAGUUGCUGAA